AGGGGAUCAGUUAGCUCCGCUGUGCUCGGAUUCGGCAACUCAGAGAGAGAGAAAGUGACAGAGAGAAGGGGGAAAAGCGCUGGACUAACACAGUUGACUAACUGGAGGAGUGUGAGAGAGAAAGGAGGAGAGGAGAGGUGUGUGUGGAUAGGAGCGGAGGAAUAGCGUAAAGGAGUGGAGAAAUGAAAAACCAGAGACACGACAACCAAUGGUCAGACUGAUUGGUGACGUCAUACCAGUGACAGAAGCAGAGCUGGGACAGAACAACCAUGGAUUCUAUGGUCAAUGAGCAACAAUACACUAAUCCACUGUAACUCUAGAUCUCUCUCUCAACAACACUCUUCUCUUGGAUAAACAGAGACCAGUGACUCAUCUCUCCACUCAGAUAUAAGACUGCCUCCUCCCAUUGGGAUGUCACAGAGUGGCUCCUCCCCUUCAAGCUCCUCUGGGGGCUGAGACAAUUCUGGGGCUAUGGGCAGAAGGUUGGCUGAUCCGACCAAUCCGGUGCCUGCGCUGGGGGUGCCCCUGGUAGGAGGACGAUGGGGGCCGUUGUGCAGUGUGGGGGUGCAGACCUCCCCCAGCCUUAGGACCCUCCCAUCAAUCAAACGCAACCAGCCAACACGGACGCAGCAUCCAGAGACAGGACGGGGCAACAACCAUGUCGUCACAGCAACGACAAUGCCCUCAGAGACUGGGGUUGUUUGUGACUCAGGCAGCAGUGGGGGCAGCGGUGGAUUUGCCGUUUCCAAGGAGAUGAGUCAGAACGCCAUCAACAGUCUGACAAAGGACGACAUGGGGUCACAGGGGUCAGGGGGCGGGGUCUACUGUCAGAUCAAAGCCAUACGGGCCAAUCCCAGGGAGUCUGGCCAUAGGUCCAGCGGGAAAUGGACAUCUCGAUACACCAAUGGGAGUGUGGUCGCCCCUGAGGUGGUGGGCGGGGUCUGCACUGAGGGUGCUGAGGGCAAUGAGCCAAUCAGAGCGAGGAGGAGGGUCCAGUCUCUUAGAGGGGAGGAGUCUCGCCCUGGGCUGAGGUCAGGGAGUCUGUCUCAGUCUGUGAGCUCUCAUGCCACGCCUCCAAGGCCCUGUAGAAUGAUGACAUCAUCAUCGCCCCGCCUCUGUGGAACAUGUGGGCGGAGACAGUCCCAGGCCCCACCCACCUGCAUGGCAACCGCGUGCCGCAGGCGAGCGGCCAAUCAGAUCACAGAAAGUCAGACUCUACCGAUUCCUCCCCGGAAAAAGUCUGUACUCCCCAACCAGAACCGGAAAGACUCCCCUGUUCUGAACUCACACACACACACACCACCAACACCACACACAGCUGUGAAGAACACUCAAACACAAACUCAGACAUUGCCCUCUCCACAUGCAACCCAAAGGACACACACUCUGCCUGCGAAAGAUGCACCUGUGAUCGCAUGUCCCAACACUAAGGAUACACAACACACACAUACCCACACAACAGACCCAGAACCCAGGUUACCCAGGUUACAUCAGAAAGAAACACACACACAGACAACAGACACACAGUCACACGCCACGAAGACGACAUCUUCUCCAGCUACACAGUCUUUUCCAGACAGAAACACAGAGACGUCAUCUGACAACCAAAACUCUCCACUAGACUCAUCUAUACAAGUCACCCCCAAGCCGCCAACCCCAGUCCUCCUCAUAGGCACAAAAUCUUCGGCCGCACCCGUUCUCCCACAUAAAAACUCCCCCAACCUCUGCCACCCUGCCCAGGUGAACACAAAACCAGCACCCCCUGUCCUUCAGACCCAACUCAAACCUACACGCCUCACCCCUUCCCUGAACCCCAAAGCACCACAAGCACAGCCAAUGAAAUUAGAAGACUCCAAAACCCAUGCUCCAUUAAAAGACGCCCAUGCUCCCCCUGCUGCCAAUCUGGCCCCACAAUGCAACGGGGCUCCAGGGGGGCUGGUGGGGGUCCAGGCGGGGGUACCCAGAGGGUUUCAAGGGUGUGUGUCAGGGGGCCUCCACGGGCGUCUCCACAGUGUGGAGGAGAGUCUGCUCUCCAACCAGGAGAAGAUCAAGGUCCUCCUCAAUGUUAUCCAAGACCUGGAGAAGAGCAAGGCACUCAGCGAAGGUGUGGAGCAUGACUUCAGGCAGCAGGAAGGGAGGUUCCAGCCAGUGAUGGAGACUCUAGACAGGGACUAUGAUUUUCCCCUCCCUGUCCCCAAACCUGCCCCCUCCCACCCGAACACCAAGACCCUCGUCAAGAAGCUACGCAAGAAAUGCUUCUGGUGGCUGUAG